AAUAUCUACUGUCAACUUGACACCAAAACACAAACUACAUAUAUAUUAUAAUUACAUUUUCCCACUGUCCUCGCUUUUCCAGUGGGUUUUACACCUAGUUUAGUGAUAAAUAAGACAGUGCAGAAUCUCUGUAUUGAAUGGAUCUUCCCGAGAAUUGUAGAAAGCAGCCCGCAAAGUUGGAAUCUUUGGACAAUUUCAUCAAGAAGCUGGCGGAAAAGCUGCCGGAAAACUCCACUAACGGGGGUUCCAAGCUAGAAAUUCGCCGAACGUCAGAUCUCUUUGAUGCCCUGCAGCAGGCUCUGGUUACUCCGCCACAGAUGGCUUGUGCUGCUCCGCGGAAACUCCUGCACUUGGAGAUUGAGGGGGCGGAACAACUGCCCAAGUUCCCGGGUAGAGUGAGCAAGAAACUAAGGAAGAAGCACAAGAGCCACGUGAGAUCGGUGAAUCAGGAACCCAACACCUUCGUCUGCUUCGAGGCUUUUGCCAGUGCGGAAUCCUCAACGACGAAGAUCUUCUCCACAGGUGUGAUUGAGAAGAACUGCAAUCCCACUUGGCAGUCACACUUCAGUAUCUUCCUGCCCGGCGAUAUGGACAAUCUAUCGCUAAGUGUGUGGAGGAAGACAUCGAGUCAGACUGAUGCCCAGAUUGGGACAGUGACAGUGAAUUUGCAUAAAAACUCCACAGAACAAUGGGAUAUUUUGGAUAUAGCAGGACAAAAUGUGGGGAAACUCAGUGUGAAACUCUUUGCCAGCACUGAGGCAAUGGAUUCUGAGGAUAGUCUGACUGCAGAUCUCGAUCCCACACUUUCCAGUCUCAUCUUUCCGUCAUCGGCGGACGGAGAACUGGGCAGUGUGUCUUUCAGUCGCGCCCUGAAGCGCAAGUUCACAGAAUUAGAGGAGAUUUCGCAAAGACUGAAGGCCAGACUGCACGACAUCACUGGAGAUGCCAGUGAGGAUGCGGAAGAUGAGUUCGAGCGUGAUCUCAAUACGAUAGCAGACGAGGAAGAGCUUCCGGAGAGUGAAAAUUACGCCUGGCUUGGACUCAGCGACGAGGAGAAGCAGAAGUUUGUGCACAAGGACGUCACUGAGCAGCUCUUCGUGGAUGUUGCACCCGAAGGUCAGGACAUUGCCAUGAUCCAGACUGCACUGGAGCAGACGGCGAUCACGGAGACUGCGACAGAUUGCCAAGUAUACGACAAAUAGGUGAAAGAAUGUUUUUCAUUUAU